AUGUUUUUCAAUUUGCAAUUACAUGCAAUAGUCUCCAAUGCAAACCCUAAUAGCCAAGAUCCACAAGAGGCGAAUAGUGAAGGUCUUGGAGCAAACAUUAUUACUCAUAUUGCCAACAAGGCUAUUCAAGAUGUAAUCGGAAAUAGAAAGACUUUGAAGCAUGUAUAUGUGAACGUAGAGGCAAAUGAGAAGAAUGGUUUUGAGAUAGAGAGUAAAGAAACGGUGGGGGGAAGAAAAAACAAGAAGAGACUCGCCAAAACGGUGAGUUUAACGGCCGAUUACAGCGACCCUGGUCAUCAUCCUCCUAGGCAUAAUUAA